AUGAACGCCGAAGCCAUCAGGAGUCGCGUCGUCGCCACGCUCUCCCCCGAUACGAACGUGCGACGGUCCGCCGAGCUCGAGCUCAAGCAGGCCGAGGGGCAUGCAGGCUUCACCGACGUCCUCCUCGAUAUUCUGUCCAGCGAGCCAGACGACUCCGUCCGGCUAUCGACCACCAUCUACCUGAAGAACCGGACGAAUCGAGGCUGGGCCAAGACCGACCAUUACCCAGAUGAGACACUCAUAGAAGAGAAUGAGAAACAACGCUUCCGCGAUCGCAUCCUGCCCAUCCUCGCCGCCUCGCGUGGCCCGGUUCGACAGCAGCUCCUACAGUUGAUCCAGCGCAUCUUGCACUUCGACUUCCCCGGAAAAUGGCCCACCUUCAUGGAUGUCACCCUGCAGCUGCUGCACUCGAAUGAUGCCCCCUCUGUCCUUGCCGGGCUGCAAUGUCUUCUUGUCACAUGCCGCGCCUAUCGAUUCAAGGGCGCUCAAGAUGGUGGACGAGUCGAGUUCGACAAGAUUGUCGAGGCCAGCUUCCCAAGGCUUCUGCAGGUCUGCAACGAGUUGGUCAACCAAGAAAGCGACGAGGCUGGAGAGAUGCUGCAUAUCGCCCUGAAGGCCUACAAACACGCAACCUGGCUCGAGCUUAGUACAUUCCUGAGACAACACGAUGUCAACAUCGGAUGGUGUACCAUUUUCUUGCAGACCGUUUCAAAGGCGAUACCAGCCUCUGCCAUGCUAGAGGAUAUCGAGGAACGGGAAAGGCAUCAUUGGUGGAAGUCCAAGAAGUGGGCGUAUUUCAACCUCAACAGGCUAUGGGUCAGACAAGGCAAUCCCGCAGCCAUCACGACCAAGGACGAUGCGGCAGUCAGUUUUGCAAAGGACUUCGAGACCACAAUCGCCCCCGAGAUACUGAAACACUACCUAUCCGAGAUCGAGAAAUGGGUUUCGAACACUGUUUGGCUGAGCAAACCCUGUUUGUCCUACACCCUGGUCUUCCUCGACGAAUGUUGCCGCCCCAAGUCCAUGUGGAAUCUCAUGAAACCGCAUCUGAACAACCUGGUCAGGCACCUUGUCUUCCCUGUUAUGUGUCUCAGUGAUGACGACGUGGAAAAAUUCGAAGACGAACCAGAGGAGUAUCUUCAUCGGAAACUCAACUUCUACGAAGAAGUUUCCGCGCCCGAUGUUGCCGCCACCAACUUCCUCGUUACUCUGACCAAAGCUCGAAGAAAGCAGACUUUCGAACUGCUCCAAUUCGUUAAUGGGGUCGUCAACGAGUACGAGCAGGCGCCGGACGAGAACAAAAACCACAGAGCCAAGGAGGGCGCCUUGAGGAUGAUUGCGACAUUGGCGCCGGUGCUUCUGGGCAAGAAGAGCCCGAUUGCGGACGAGGUCGAAUACUUCCUUGUCCGUUACGUUUUCCCUGACUUCAAGAGUUCUCAGGGGUUCCUGCGUGCCCGUGCUUGCGACACGAUCGAGAAAUUUGAGCAGCUCAACUUCAAGGAUCAGAAUAAUCUGCUCGUCAUCUACCGCCACAUCCUGGAUUGCAUGGCCGACACUGAUCUACCCGUUCGAGUGACGGCGGCGUUGGCUCUGCAGCCUCUCAUUCGACAUGACGCUAUUCGCGUCAGCAUGCAGCAGAGUAUCCCCACCAUCAUGCAGCAGUUAUUGAAGCUGGCCAACGAGUGUGACAUCGAUGCACUCGCGAAUGUUAUGGAGGACUUUGUCGAGGUUUUCGCGGCCGAACUUACUCCUUUCGCCGUCGCUCUGAGUGAACAGCUACGGGACACUUACUUAAGGAUCGUGCGUGAGCUGUUGGAUAAGAAUGACAACCGAAACAACGAUGACGGAGACUACGGUGAUUAUUUGGAUGACAAGAGCAUCACGGCGCUUGGCGUUCUUCAAACAAUCGGGACCCUGAUCCUUACCCUCGAGAGUACUCCAGAUGUCCUGCUACAUAUUGAGGCCGUCUUGAUGCCAGUCAUCCAAGUGACUCUUCAGAACAAGCUAUACGACGAAGAUCUUUACAACGAAGUGUUUGAGAUCAUCGACAGCUGCACAUUCGCGGCCAAGGGGAUCUCGCCUACCAUGUGGCAGGCAUUUGAGCUCAUACAUGCUACUUUCAAGUCUGGAGCCGAGCUGUACCUCGAGGAUAUGCUUCCUGCGCUAGACAACUUCGUCCAGUACGGCGCCCCGCAAUUGGCCCAAAAGCCCGAGUACGUUGCGGCUCUGUACUCGAUGGUCCAGGACAUGUUUUCGGACCAAAAGGUUGGUGGCGUUGACCGCAUCUGUGCCUGCAAGCUUGCUGAGGCCAUGAUGUUGAGUCUGCGGGACCACAUCGACCAAUCUGUCACCGGAUUCAUCGCGAUGGCCAUGACGGUGCUUAACGGGCACGAAGUCAAGGUCAAAUCGUACAAGAUCCACCUGAUGGAGAUGGUCAUCAAUGCCAUCUACUACAACCCUCUGCUGACGCUUGCGGUUCUGGAGACCAAAGGGUGGACUAACAAGUUCUUUAGCCUCUGGUUUGGUAACAUGGACUCCUUCAGCCGUGUUCACGACAAGAAACUUUGUAUUGUGGCCAUUGCGUCUCUUCUCAACCUCAACCCUGACCAGAUACCCGCGAGCGUCUCUACUGGCUGGCCACGACUUCUCCAGGGAAUUACUUCUCUCUUUAAGACUCUGCCUAACGCCAUGUUGAAUCGCCAGGAAGCCCUUAAGGAGGACUACACGUUUGAUUCUGGUAACUACGAAUACGACGACGAUGACGAAUGGGGCGAUGACGAGGCCAACUGGAAUGCUGAGGAUGCCCCAGAGGAGGAACCAACUGACGCCCGUGAUGAGAGUACUGCCUAUCUGGAGUUUCUCAACGAGGAAGCUCAGAAGUUCACUCAGAUUGAGAACACGUUCAACAAUGACGACUCUGAUGACGAACUUGGGGAGGAUAGCGUCCUGCUCGAGUCUCCGCUGGACAAGAUUGAGCCAUAUCAACUGUUCAGGGGUGUGCUUAUGAAGAUGCAACAAGAAAACCCCCAAUACUACACCAGCCUCACCUCACAUCUCUCUGCUGAUGAGCAAGGGGUCGUUCAGUCUGCCAUUCAGGUGGCUGAGCAGAAUGCCCAAGCUGCCCAAGCCGCAAGUAUGACGCUUGCGCAGAAUCAGCAAGCCGCCAUAGCAGCCCCCAAUGGCAGUGAUAGCUAG